CAGAGUAUAAUAAAUCUCUGGAGUUACUGUGCUCACACAGAUUCGUCACUUCCACAAUGAGGAUCUUUCAGCUUCUUCUGUUCACGUUCACCCUGAUCACUCAGGGACAUGGCAACUCUCCUGAAAGCAGCAGUAGAGUGUCAGACUCGGAGAUUCAGGAUGUUUCAGAGGUUUUAUUCCUCCUGGAUUUGAACAGAGCCUCAGAGUCACAACUCACCAUCAACCCUCAAACUCUCAUCCAGCCGUCUGACACUAACUCCAAAACUGACCUUUCACCUCUCCCGUUGUUUGUGUAUGUGGACGAGGCGUCUCUCUUCUCAAAGCCGACCUACGCAGCGUUUCUUGCUUUGCUGGAUAACUACGAGAGAAAGACAGGUGUGUCGGAGACCUUUAGUUCCACAGAGGAGCAGGAACAGGAGAACUUCCUGAAAGAGAGCCUGAAGAACACAGAGCUGGGGAGAGAACUCUUCUCCUUCUUCUACACUAAAGGCUAUUACAGAUCAUGGGAGGAGUUUCUGUAUGAUCUCAGGAUGAUGUGGUUUGGUUUGUACUCCCGCAGCUCUGGCAAACUGGACUCCAGCGGCUUCGAGCACAUCUUCUUAGGAGAGAUAAAGAAUGGUAAGGUGUCUGGGUUCCAUAACUGGGUGAGGUUUUACCUGCUGGAGAAAUCAGGACAACUCAACUAUUACAGUCACAGUUAUGACGGUCCUUGGACGUCGUAUCCUGAUGUUUUGGGGAUGCAGUUCAUGUGGGACGGUUUUUAUAAGCAGGUCGGUUCUGCUCUGAUCGGUUCGAGUCCUGAGCUGGACCUGGCCAUGUACACACUCUGUUACAUCACACGCCCUGGAAAACAAUGUCUUCUGAGUUUGGGAGGAAAAAAGCUAAACAUCCAAACGUACACGUGGGACAAGACCACGUACGGAGACGGAAGGAAGUACAUCGCCUCCGCGUGCCCGAUCACUCCAUAACCUCAGAGUCUAGUGUGAAUUAAUCCACACACACACACACACACACACACACACACACACACACACACACACACACACACACACA